CUAAAAUCAAGAAGUAGUGGAUGUGAAUUCCCCGUUGCAAUGUGUGGUAUUUGCUGUGUUGUUACCUUGUGCAGCCAGUGUGCAAUUCAUGAUUUCCUCAGUGAAGACGUCCUCUGCCAUCUGAGAAGAAGAGGACCAGACAGUAGCCAACAGUUGAUAAAAACUGUGCCCGAUCUCUCUUAUGAAUGUCUGUUUUCAGGCCAUGUACUUCACUUGAGGGGACUGGUGACUCCUCAGCCUCUGGAAGAUGCCAGUAACAAUGUUUUUCUUUGGAAUGGAGAAAUUUUCAGUGGAGUGCAUGUAGGAAGUCUAGAGAAUGACACUGAAGUAAUGUUUCAUCAUCUGGCUUUAUGCAGCAGUGAAAUGGACAUUCUGUCACUCUUCUCAUCACUUCAGGGUCCCUGGUCUUUUAUUUAUUAUGAAGCACCCAGACACAGUUUAUGGUUUGGCAGAGAUUACUUUGGUCGUCGUAGUUUGCUCUGGCAGUUCAGUGAGGUUGACAGCGCUUUCUGUCUCACAUCUGUAAGUGCUUGUUCUGAAUCAGGCAACCAAUGGCAAGAAGUCCCAGCGUCUGGAAUUUUCAAAAUUGAUCUCAAAGCUUGUGCAGCAACUAAAUCUUUGUCUUUAACAUUGUUUCCAUGGAAGUACAGCUGCAGAGAGAAAGCAGUAGAAGAAACAUGCAUUAAUGUUCUUGACCAAGUGUCAAAAGACUUACCCAACCACAUACAUCUCAUGGCCAAUGAAUCAAAGCUGUGUCUUAGAGCACCAGUUAUCCCCUUAAAUAAAACAGUUUCUAAAGCUUCAGGUGCAUCUCCAGGCUCUAAUUUUAGCAACAUUAACUCUGUGGUUUCUGUAGAAACCCUUCAAGAAUUUCUUGCAGAGGAACACAAGAAAAAAUUAGCCUGUCAGUUUAUUGAUGUUUUAAAUGAAGCAGUCAAGAGACGAGUCCUGUGUCUCUUUAGAGAUCCAGAUCAGAUAACAAGUGAAGUUCCAAGCAUGUCCCAUAAGAAAGCACAUAUUGCAGUGCUCUUUUCUGGUGGCAUUGAUUCUAUAGUUAUUGCAGCCCUGGCUGAUAAACAUGUGCCUUUGGAAGAGCCAAUUGAUCUUCUUAAUGUAGCUUUCAUGAUGAAAGAGCAAGCUAAGCACAGGGGUACCACUAAAAGACAUACCAGCCGUGAAGUACAGCUUGAUUUGCUUUGUCCUCAAAAAAGCUGUCAGGAUCUUGCUGCUGACACUGGUACUCAUUCAUCUUGCUUUGAUGUUCCUGACAGAAUCACUGGUAGGGCAGGACUGAAGGAAUUAGAAGCCAUUAACCCUUCAAGAACCUGGAAUUUUGUGGAAAUUAAUGUUACACUAGAGGAAUUGAAAAAAAUGAGAAAAGAGCGUAUUAAUCACUUAAUCUAUCCACUGGAUACAGUCUUGGAUGACAGUAUAGGCUGUGCAAUUUGGUUUGCUUCCAGAGGAGAGGGCUUCAUUAGUAACCAAGGAGAACUGAAACCAUAUAAAAGUCCUGCAAAGGUUGUGCUUACUGGAAUUGGAGCAGAUGAGCAGCUUGCUGGGUAUUCUCGACAUCGUGUUUGCUUCACAAAAGAUGGUUUAGAGGGCCUUAAUAAAGAACUUGAAAUGGAGUUAGGGCGCAUUUCUUCUCGAAAUCUCGGCAGAGAUGACAGGAUCAUCGGCGAUCACGGAAAAGAAGCCAGGUUUCCUUUUCUUGAUGAAGAUGUUGUCUCAUUCCUCAAUUCUUUGCCCGUCUCAGAAAAAGCUGAUUUGACUUUACCUCGAGGAAUUGGCGAGAAACUGAUUCUGCGCCUUGCAGCCAAGGAGCUGGGCCUGACAGCCUCCACUGUUUUGCCAAAAAGGGCAGUACAGUUUGGAUCUCGGAUUGCAAAACUAGAGAGCAACAGUGAAAAAGCAUCUGACACAUGCAGCAGGCUGAAGUUACUUUCAGUAGAUGAAUUAUAGAGCUGUAUCUGGAGAUGUUGCAUUUAUUCUAUACACAGAGUCAGUAAAUCAAGUUUUCUUAGAAUGUUUGUUCUGGGUUUUUUUACACACUUGGGCAUAAUUAUUAAUAAGCAGAGUUGUACAUGUACAAGGAACUCACUAUGAAUGCAUCCUGCUCUUUUAAGUUUGUUUUAAUACUGAGAAUGCUUAAUUUGCAAUAGUAACCAGAAUCACUUUGGUGAUAGCAACACAGCAUUUGUUCCUCUGACAGAUGAUUUUCAACGCUUGUAAUCCAAUUACUGUCCCUAACAAUAACAGCAUUGAAACAGUUUUCAUUGAACUAUUUAUUUUAUUAAGUUACUUUUUAAGAUGCCAAACAUCGUAUCUCUUUUAAUUUUGGCACCUUGAUGGAAUCUUCUUCAACUCUUUUUGAAAUAUCAAUUCCCAGGGGAGCUCUAGAAAACAAAAUUAUGUGUUUGUUAAAAAUGAACAUUGUCAGUGCCAUAUCACACAGAUGUACAGCUUUGUAGACCUUUUUUUACAAUUGGCACAAAAGUCAAAAUAUUUCAGUACAUUCCCUGCACUUCUAAGACUGUGACCAUUAAAAUAGGCUAUCUCAAGCUGUACCUGAAAAUAUCUUUACAAUGAGAAAAUAUUUGUGUUUGUAGUCAUUCCAAACUCUAGAAACACAAUUGUGAUUUCAAAGCCAUCUUCUGGGCCUGUUGUUGUAUUUAGAUUCUGAUUUUAGUUGAUAAUUCAUUUUAGGUCCUGCUGAUGAAUGUAAAACACUAGAAAUUCACAGGUAACUCCUAUGAUAAUCUUAAAUAAUGCACUGUCUACAGCAAAUAAAACUUAGUUUUUUAUUCACUGAAA